UGCCGCCCUCCCUUCCUAAGCUGAGCUAAGGCUUCCUCUCCACGGGCUGGGGUGGGGGCGCCAGGAGGUCUCGGCCGGCCCUCGUUGGCCGAACAGCGGCCCUCACGAAGGGUCGUGAGCCGGCCUCAUGAGCUUCACCUGGGAACUGAUUACAAAUGCAAAUUCCCUCGACCCCACCCAGACCCACGCCACGGGCAGCUGCGGAGUGGAGGUCAGCGAUGCGCGCGUUAACAGCCUUCCAGCUGCGCGGCCAUCCCGCUCCUCCGCCCCGAGCCAUGAAUCUCAGCAGCACCAGCAGCACGGAGGAAAAGGCAGUGACGACCGUGCUCUGGGGCUGUGAGCUCAGUCACGAGAGGCGGACUUGGACCUUCAGACCCCAGCCGGAGGGGAAGCAGGGCUGCAGGCUGUUGCUUCAUACGAUUUGCUUAGGGGAGAAGGCCAAAGAAGAGAUGCAUCGCGUGGAGAUCCUGCCUCCAGGAAACCGGGAGGACAAGAAGACGCAGCCGGUCACCAUUGCCUCGCUCCAGGCCUCAGUCCUCCCCAUGGUCACCAUGGUUGGAGUACAGCUUUCUCCCCCAGUUACUUUCCAACUCCGGGCUGGCUCAGGACCUGUGUUCCUCAGUGGCCAGGAACGUUAUGAAACCUGGGAGGAGGAGGAGGAAGAAGAAGGGGAAGAGGAGGAAGAGGAAGAGGAGGAAGAAGAUGAUGAGGAUGAGGAUGUAGAUAUAUCUCUGGAGGAAGAAUCCCCUGUCAAACAAGGCAAAAGGCUGGUGCCCCAGAAGCAGGCGAGCGUGGCUAAGAAAAAAAAGCUGGAAAAAGAACAAGAGGAAGUAAGACCCAGCAUUAGAGACAAGAGCCCUGAGAAGAAGACCAAAGCCACACCCAGAUCCAAAAAGCCAGGAUUCAAGAAAUGAGGAGCUACGCCUUGGGGCCCACGAGGCAGAGUGGGCCUUCCCCGGCCUGUGCUGCAGGGACGGGGCACCCCUGCCCCACCCCUACAUUUGUCUGAAUGUGACAGGGGUGUUGUGGGGGCAACACGAGAGCCCCUCACCCCCACUCUCCACUUUCAGGAGGCCUCGAGUGAGGACCCCCACCUCAGGUCACAAUAAAGUUGUCUGGUCAGGA